AUGGAGGCGCUCUCGACGGGCUUUUGUGCAGCCGCACUGGUGCAGUCGCUGGCACCAAACGAAGUCGAGGCGUGGCAGCAGCAGUGGCCGCAGCCUACCCUACAGGUGGUGGACAUCCAGCGCUACCCGCCCGUCCCUGCUGCAUCCUGUGGGCCAUCGCGCUUUUAUGUGGCCGUGUCGGACUCGGAGUCGGUAGCGUGGGUCGUGGUUCCGCCGUGUACCACCCUGGAGGACUCCGUCGCCGCGUUCGAGAUAGAGGUUGGUUGCUGUGUUACCUUGCUCUCGCACGCGCUGGUGACCGCACCGAACGGUUUGAACGUGAUUGUUGCGCUUCAGGUGAAGUACUCCAACAACACAUUCCGCCUUCUUGGGCAGCCUACCUGCGCCAAGGCGCUCUUUCCACUCUCUGCGCAGUCGCUUCUACAUCGCCAAGACACAGACGCAAAGGCCCACCGCGCCGUCGUCACGGCGCCGCAGCGACCUUCGCACUCCAUUGCAAUACGCGACUUUAUGGAGGCCCCUCAGCGAGCACUGGGCAACUGGUGCGUCACCGCGCGGGUGGUGUGGAAGGGUCGCGCGUAUCCUCUGAAUUCGCACGUGAGUCGCUUCAACGGCAGCAGUGACACUCGCUGCGGCGUCGCUGGGGGCAGCCCCCGUUUUGUGUUUCGGUGUCUCCUUGUAGACGAGCACAGCGACGCUAUGGUUGCGGUAUUCUUUGGCGGCGAGGCGCUAGGGGAGCGGGUGCGACUCCACGGCUGCUACCGACUUGCUCAAGGGAUGGUGAAAUGGGGCUCAGGCGAGAACGGCGCCCCGAUCGAAUUGCAGUUUGUGGAAAAGUCCAUCGAGGAGGAACUCACAGCGGACGACAUUCGGCGAAUGUUUCCCUUUCAUGCUUCUGUGCUCGUUGGUGAGGUGGCUCAGCAGUUGCGGAGUGUGCUCGUGGUGAUCGAGACUGCGCAGGUAGGCGGGUACGUCUCAGUGGUGGGCACAGUGGUCGCCGUGCAGAGCAGCACGCAGAUCACCACCAAACGCGGUCGUGUGUGGCGAUCUGUGGUCACCCUGGCCAACAGCACGGACGACAGCGCAGCCAUGCGUGGCAGCAGCGGUCCGUUUGUAGAAGUGACGCUGUGGGGUGAAGUGGCUGAGACGGUGGAACCGGCGCUGGGUGAGCGCUGGGUGUUUCAUCCGUGCGUGGUGCAGCUUUUUCAGCAUCGCAAGACUCUCUCGAGUCUAACGUCAACGAUGGCGGUGAAGCUUGUGCCACGCGAGAGCGGCGGCAAACACGCUGCGCUCGCGACAGCCCCACCAAGAUGGGAAGGCGAAGAGGGUGGUGCCGACGCUGCACCGACCACUGGCAGUGCCGACGAGGCCGUACAUAAUCCACAAGUCCCCCAAAAAUAUAUGCAGUUGGUGCUCGAUCUCGAGGAAGCCUCCCCUACAUUACCAGUGCUGACGCGUGUGCAAGAAGUCGUGCCACCGUUGCUCGACUGGUUCUGCACGAAGUGCAACCAAACUCAGCAGCGCGUCGUUACGGCGGGCAAUACCGCGACUGGAUUCCCGACCGCCUGUGCACACUGCAGAGCGACGCAACUCUGCCCAACACUACACCUCUGCGUAUGGCUUAGCGAUGGCCUCUGCGCCGGCCUGGCUGCCUUUCAUGGCUGCGCUGCAGAGUCGUUGCUGGAAGCGUCGCCUGCUGAGGUAGCGCGAUGUGUGGAGCGUGAAGUAUCGCUCGCUGCAGAGAUGUGCGACCGCCUUGUUGGGUUGCCUGUCUUGGUGUGGCUGCUGCCGUGCGGUGUCGUCGAUGGGUUCGAUGCGCCGCAGUUUACCGUUACCAACUGCAAACGUAUUCCAUACACCUCCGGCUGUCAUACGCUGGGGUCUGCCAUCGACACCUUGGCGAGCCCCAUCGACGGCAUGCAUGGCGGCGCCGCUGAUUUCGCGGUGUAG